AUGCCCGACACCGGGGCUGGGUCCAGGCAGGGGGGCAGCUGCCAAGCGUGCCCUGGGCGGGAGGGAUCCCCAGCAGCAGGGAGGCUGCCCAAGGGGCCACUGGGGCACGCCGGGCAGGGGCAAGGGGAGGCACAGGGCAGCACCAGGACCGCUGGAGGCAUUGUCUCGUUCCUGCAGCCCGCAGGCACCCGUGUUCCCAUGGAGAUUGUGCUGAUGGAGAAGGUGGGCUCUGGCUGCCACAGCAUCAUCCAGCUCCUGGACUGGUUCGAGCUGCCUGACAGCUUCGUGCUGGUGCUGGAGCGCCCGGAGCGGUCUCAGGAUCUCCUGCAGUUGCUGGCGCAGCAGGAGUUCCUGAGCGAGGAGGCGGCGCGCUGGCUUUUCUGGCAGGUGCUGGAGGCCGUGUGGCACUGCACCGCCUGCGGCGUCCUGCACCGGGACAUCAAGCCGGAGAACCUCCUCGUGGACCCAGAGAGUGGCGACCUGAAGCUCAUCGACUUCGGUUGCGGCACCUUCCUCCAGGAGCAGGCCUACACGCAAUUUGCCGGAACACACACGUACAGCCCGCCCGAGUGGAUCUGCCUGGGCUGCUACCACGGCCAUGCGGCCACCAUCUGGUCCCUGGGUGUGCUGCUCUUCGAAAUGGUCUGCGGCUACCUGCCCUUCCUGGACGACCACGACAUCGUGCAGGGCCAGCUCUUCUUCGGGCAGCAGGUCUCUCCAGAGUGCCGCCAUCUGAUCCGCUGGUGUUUGGCCAAGCACCCCGCGGACCGGCCGGCGCUGCAGGAGAUCUUGCGCCACCCUUGGCUCUGCGGCGGGGACCUUUGA